GAGAGAGAGAGAGAGACUGACUCCGAUGUGACUCCGAUAUGGAAUGCAAGUCAGAUAUUUUUCCAACUUGUGCAGAAUGUCUAUAUGUGGAUGAUAUAUCAAAUGAGUUCAGAGAUAUUUUACUUAACUGGUGCACGACCAGAGGAAGUGAAAGUUGUUUAGUUGUCCUCUGCCCUAGCUUUAAAUGCCCUCACUGGGAAGGUCAUCGUACAGAUCAUCCUCAACCUCCUGUUUCCUAAUUUCAUGGGUCUCUUUCUGCAGCAUCAUCAGAAUGAUUGUGUUCAAACUUCUGGACAGUUUUGGUAGCAUGUUCUGCAGUCAUGGCUAGAGUCUGGUUACAAUUAUGUCUACCGCUUUUCUUAUUUACAAGCACAUUCUGUGUAGAUGUGAGUCUAAUCCAAGUCCCUACAAAUGAUGGAAUUUCUGGAGUAUUGUUAGUCCAAACCAAGAACAAUGUGUACAGUUUAAAUGCCACCACAGCCAGAGAAGCAUGUGAGGCUAUUAAAAUGAGAAUUGCUAAAAAGGCUGAAGUGGAAACAGCAAACAAUAAUGGCUUUCAGACAUGCAGGUUUGGUUGGGUUGAGGAGCAAAUUGCUGUUAUUCCUCGAAUCGAGAGAAGCGAAAAAUGUGGUAAAAACAAUUUAGGCAUUUCUGUUUGGAGAACUGACAUCAGCAAAAUGUUUGAUGUUUACUGUUUUAAGCCAGCAGGUCCUGAUGGAUCAUUUGAAACAACAUCGAACAGGCCUCAAUCUUCAACAGGAGGAAGAACACCAACAAACAACCAUUAUUCCACUAAAACAACCCAUCCAUCAUCCAUUAAGUCAACCUCUACUCCUGCCUACACAUCAAGAUCCCUUCCUCCCUAUACAUCCACCCCAUCCAUUUCCUUUGCUUUCAACACUUCCUCCACAACAUUUACAACACUUAGUCUUUCUAAAAUCAGUGACAGUUCCCAGGCAACAACAAGCCCUCUGUCUCUUUCAUCUCCCAGAACUUCACGCAAAUUCUCAACCUCAUCCCCCUCGUCUUCCUCUCAUUCAUUCACUCAUUUUAGCCCUCUGUCUCUUUCAUCUCCCAGAACUUCACGCAAAUUCUCAACCUCAUCCCCCUCGUCUUCCUCUCAUUCAUUCACUCAUUUUCUUCUUCAGCAUAGUUCAACUCCAACAGGUCAGCCUGCAUUGUCCCAGACCAGUACAUACAUUAGAGCAUCUCCCAAAACAUUUGUCAUCAUUUCCAUCGUGCUACUGUUCUUGCUGGCAGCGGCAGGUGCAGCUUGGUAUCUCAAAAUUAAAAGAGGACAACGGUUUCCAUCCUGGGACAGAAUGAGGCCAAACGAGAUUACUGAAACCGAGAUGUGGAAACAAAUAAGUGAGAGGCAUUGUACGCCAAAACAGACCAGCAAAGACAAAAACAAAGGGAUAUGCAACAUCAUCUUUCAAAUGGAACAAGACCCGGACUCACCCUAAAAAACACUGCAUUUUAUAAAAACAUUUAUAAAAAAUUCAAA